AUGGAAACGCCUACCGUUCCGCUUGACAUUCUCCCCGAGCUCGUUCGAGACUCGGAGCUGAAAGUGCAGUUUGUGCAAGAAGGCGGCAGCAGCUUUGUCAUCCACACGCAUACGGCAAGACGUCGCUCUGCAGAGGAAAAAUGGCUCGUCAAGCGACACCUGAGGUCGGGGGGCCAAGGGUCGGUGGAUUUACAGACCAGAGUUGUUGAAGAAUUCGGGGAGCCCUCAAUACGGGCAGUGAAGAGAAUCGAAAUCCCUGAUUUACACAAGGCUGCAAGAUCCAAGAUGUACCAGAGAGAGCUCGAGACCAUUGCUAAGUUCUCCCAGGCCAAGUUUUCAAAGUUGUUCGUCACAUCAUAUGGAUGGUAUCUUAGCCCUGGGUACAUUAAUAUUGCGAUGGAAUAUUGCGAACUUGGCGAUUUGAACAAGUACCUACGAAACAGCUUGCUGUGUCCUGAGAACCGCUUACCUGAACUGGACACUCGCGAGAUUGUAUAUCAAGUAUUAGAGGCGCUUUCGACGAUGCACGAGGAGAACUUCUGUCAUAGAGACCUUAAACUGGCGAAUAUUUUGAUCAAAAGAACGGGCCCGAGGUGGUGGGUGAAGGUGGCUGACUUUGGACUGAGUAAAAGAGGCGGUAACGAUAGCACUACGAACUUCAGUGCGGGCUCCCGAGGCUACAUGUCACCCGAAAUCAGUGGAUUUAAGGAUCUCGACAGCAAGGUUGACCCAUACGCCGUCGACAUGUGGGGUUUAGGGCAAGUUGUGAGCAGACUCUUGACGGGCCAGGUUCUGUUCCCUACCCAGCUGGAUCUGGGUCGGUACUACUUUGGGGACAUCAAAUUCCCGGAGAAGCUCUUGAGGGACGUCGGGGCGACUGAUGAUGUAACGGACUUUGUCAAGAGUCUUACGAGGAUCGAGCCCGCGAAACGUUUAACGGCCUUGGGUGCCUUGGACCAUCCGUGGAUGGAUAUGUCACUGAAUCCCGGCGCCGAGAGUCGAAGCGAGAAUCUAACAGAAGGAUCCGAAACAAUGAUAGACACUGAAGAUCCUUCGAAUGUUUGGCCUGAUGGUUUUGGAGCGCAGCCUAAACGCGAGCAAACCACCCCACAGAAAACGCAACCCCAUUCCAAUACUCGACCUGAUGAACCAUCAGCAAAUCUGGGCAACGAACAGACUGCAUCAGGAAAGGCUGCAGAGGCUCAUAAAGACUCUGGCAAUCAAUUCUUCAAAGAGGAGAAAUACGACUUGGCCAUCGAGCAGUACACAAAAGCCAUUGAAAUUAUUCCAUCAUCUACUGUUUACCUGGGCAAUCGGGCGGCUGCCUACAUGGCUCACUUUCGCUGGGAGGAGGCCCUUGCAGACUGCGUGAGAGCUAUGGAUCUCGAGAUACCAACUCCAAAACUCCGUUUGAGACUGGGUCGGAUAUAUACGCGUCUCGGGAAGCCUAAAGAGGCUUUGGCCCAAUAUGAGAAAAUCCCGGAUCAUGUCAGAGAAAAGGACGUGAACCGGGCCAACCACAUGGCGCACUCCAUCAAAUCGGCGCGUGAGGCCCUGGAAGUCCACAAGGACUACUCUUCAGUGCUUUCAUUUAUCGACAAUGCCAAGGUUGAACUUGGCCCCCUCGCCCCUACUCCAAGAGAAUGGAAGUUGUUGCGAGCCGAAGCCAGUAUUUACCUUUGGCAGCGCGAUGGCGACUUGGCAUGUCUUCUUGAGGCCGAGGAGAUUUUGCGUGACCUUUUGGGGAAAGACUACAAUGAUUCCGAGGCACACCAUUUAGACGCUCGCAUUAGAGUCACUAAAGCGAUGAAACCUACCGACGCCAAUGGAAGCUCAACUCAACCAACGACUACCAAUGAAGGCCCGGAUCAAACUAUGAAUACCGAGGCCGAAGAUACCAGAGAGUCUGUUCCGGGCGAUGCCACGCAACCCACUUCCGAUGUCAAUAGUGAUUCCCACUCUGUAAGUUCGAUAUCAGAGUACUACGCCAAGGAGAUUGUUCGCAUUAAAACAAUCGGGAAUGAGGCAUACAAAAAAGGCCAGUUCGCCAAGGCGUUGGAGGUCUACUCGGAUGCAUUGGUUAUAUGGCCGCGCGACACAACCAACAACGCGCGAGUUGCUCUAAACCGGGCACAAGCCUACAUCAAGCUUGGCGAAGUUGAGCUUGCCAUCAAAGAUUGCGAGCGCGCACUCCGUCUUGAUCCUUCCUAUGAAAAGCCCCAUAUCAUAAAGGAGCUUGCGGAGAAGUUGCUUGGUGAGACGACGAAGCAAGGGGCGGAUGAGGGAAAAGCAGACCAAGAGAAGGCUCCCGGUGACAGCCCUGGGGCAACGAAGAAGGAAGCCUCCCAGGCACAAGAUGAUGCUGCCCCUAUCAUAUGUCCUAAGUGUGGAGAAUCAUUCGAGAAGCGAUGGAAGUACAUCAAUCACGCAAGGCAGUUGGACCAUUUCAUCGAUUCCGAUUCUUGA